AUGGCAGUUACUACUAUAAAUAUUUGUUUAUUCUGUGGCAUUGUGGAUUUUAAAUUUGUCGGAGAAUUCCAUCAAAGUAAUAUGGAGGAUACAAGAGACCGAAUUUCCCAACUGCCAGAGCCAAUUUUGCAUCACAUCUUGUCUUUCCUUCUUGUUAAAGAUGCUGUACGAAUGUCUACACUGUCCAAGAUUUGGACCAGUGCAUUGAAUUCACUCUCCUACUUAGAUUUUGGUGAAGAUUUUUUCUAUGGGCCACAAGACAUGCGAAAUCUCUUGAAAGCUGUGACCCAAAUUCUAGUAAUUCGGCUAAAGCACAAGAUUUCUGUGGAAAAGUUUUGGCUACGAUUACCCUAUUUGCGUAGGAGGUUUUAUUAUGUUCACAGGUGGAUUAAAUUACUCGUAGCUUGUAAUGUCAAAGAGUUUGAUCUAAGUGUAGGCAGACGUAUUUAUGAAGGAAAACAGUUACACAAUAAGUUGCCUGAGGUAAUCUUUGAUGCCAAAGCACUAAAUGUGCUUAAUUUGGUUGGAUUUAAGAUUGAAUUACCCUCUCAUGGUACUAUAAACUUAUCAUCUUUGCGAGAAUUACACCUCCGUGAUGUAAUUUUGGACGAGAAAUUUAUUCAGGCUCUAUGCGUAAGCUGCCACAAUUUAGAAUUUUUGUAUUUGGCGUGGUUUAAGGGACUUGCUAGUUUUCAAGUUGGUGAAAAGAAUUUACCUAAACUAAAGAAAAUAAAGCUGGAAAAUUGCCCUUCUGAAUUCCAGAUGGUUGAUAUUGCAGCAAUUAGUCUUGAAGACCUUACUAUAAAAAGUUAUUGGGACCUAAAGUUUGUUAAAAUAACUGCUUGCAAAGCUCUCAAGAGUUUGUUCCUCAAUGGUGUGGCCGUGACCGAUAAAUGGUUAGAGAAACUCUUUUUCAGCCUACAAAAUCUUGAAAAGUUUUACUUAUCCUGUUGCAAUACAUUGACCACAAUGAAGAUCUCAAGUAUAUGGCUCAAACAGCUCAUAGUAUUUGGUUGUUCUAAUCUGGUUGAUGCUCAAGUAUAUACUCCUAAUUUGAUACUAUUCGCAUUUGGUUGUUGUUCAUUGCCAACGUUGAAACUAAAAGCUUCACGUUCAUUAAAAGCCAAUAUCUCCUUUGACUCAUUAGAAACCCCUGAUAGUGAUUGGUACAACUCUAACCUCACAAAUUUUCUUGGUAGCUUCAAUCAUUCCUUAUCUAUUAAAUUAUCAAGCAAAAAGGAUGAGGUAUGUCCCGCAAAUUCUCUAGCUACAUUGCUUCAACAAGAUAGUCGUGUUAUUGAUUUCUCAUAA